UGUGCUGCAGCGAAAGCUGGCCACACCGACGGUCUUUUGAUGACGACAAAUUUGUUUUAAAAGUUUCUUUAAAAAUGCGCAAGCUCUCCGACGCUACGCCCGCACACGUAUUUGGAACAAAUGUUUGCUGAACAACGGUUGCCCACUCAAUGUAAGCGCCAAUACCUCUUCCACCGCCGCCGCCGUCGCCGCCGGAAUAUUUUGUUUACAGUUUUGCUUGCACAAGUGCACAAGUCCAAGUCAUCGGUUCAGCUUCGGUUACGGUGUCGGCCUUAAUAUUAGUGGCAAAAACGCAGUCGAACAUUAGUUCACACCGUAUCGCUAGCAGUCGCAGCUAUCUCUUCACCUUUUGCCUACGCGGCCAGACACUCUCAAUCGAAGAGAAAGUAAGGCGGACAUCCCUUUUGCCGACGACAAGAUGAUGCUGGCCCACUCCGGACAUGUGAUGACGCUGGCCAAUAGCAUAAUAGGCGUUGGGAUCCUGGCCAUGCCCUUCUGCUUCCAGAAAUGUGGCAUUCUGCUGUCCAUCCUGCUGCUCGUGCUGAGCAAUGGCAUCACGAGGGUGUGCUGCCACUACCUGAUCAAGACCUCACUGCUGACACGUAGGAAGAGCUUCGAGCUGCUCGGCCUGCACGCGUUCGGCGCUUCCGGCAAGCUGCUGGUGGAGUUGUGCAUCAUUGGCUAUCUGAUUGGAACGUGCAUCACCUACUUUGUGGUCGUGGGGGAUCUGGGGCCGCAGAUAAUAGCUAAGCUGUUUGCGCUAAACGUGGCCGAGCAUAUGCACCUGCGCAGCCUUGUAAUGGUGGUGGUUACUGUGGUCUGCAUUGUGCCGCUGGGCAUGCUGCGGAAUGUGGACAGUCUGUCAGCUGUGUGCACCGCCUCCAUUGGCUUCUACGUCUGCCUGAUGCUCAAGAUCGUGCUGGAGGCAGAAAGCCACAUAGCGGCCAAUGAUUGGACAGAGAAGGUUCUCUACUGGGAGCCUGCGGGCGUGCUCCAGUGCUUGCCCAUUUUCAGCAUGGCGCUCUCCUGUCAAAUGCAGCUGUUUGAGGUCUUCGAGAGCAUUAACAACCAGAGUCUCGACAAGUUGAACGGCAUUGUGCGCAACGCCACUUGGAUCUGUACGUUUGUUUACAUAUCUGUUGGCUUUUUCGGCUAUGUGGCCUUUUGCACCCAUACGUUUUCAGGCAACAUUCUGGUGAAUUUGUCGACCUCUUUCGGCAGUGAUAUCAUCAAAAUAGGCUUUGUGCUGUCGAUUGCAUUCAGCUUUCCUCUGGUUAUCUUUCCCUGCAGGGCCAGUAUCUACUCUCUGCUGUACAGAAAGGGACACACGGAAAGCAGCAGUUACAUACCUGAGCAGCGCUUCCGGCUUAUCACUAUCUUCAUUGUGGGCUUUUCGCUAUGCGUGGCGCUAGUCAUUCCCUCCGUGGAGCUUAUCAUUGGUCUGGUUGGCUCAACCAUUGGCGUGGCCAUUUGCAUCAUGUUCCCCGCCUCCAGCUUCCGCAAGAUCAUCAAGAAGGAGUCCAUGGAACGCACUCUCGCCCAGUUUGUAUUUGUCAGCGGAUUUCUGCUUAUGAUCCUGGGUACCUACGCCAACCUGAGUGCGAUUGAUGAGCAGAGUUCUGGGCCGGAGUUCGAUGUUGUACAGUUGGUCACCCCUCUGUAUCCGGAAGGCCAAGUGCCAGCGAUGCUACCCAAACAUUUGGCCAAGAAUCUGGCUGAAAGUGAUAAGAACGUUUUGUUGCAGAAGCUGGAAGUCCAGAAUCCCAAUAUUAUUGUGGAUUCCUUGGGCGAGAAGAUUAUGGAGAAGCCAAAGGAGAAACCAUCGGAGUCACCCUUACCCCCACUGCCCAUCGAUGAGAUUCAUGUGGUUCCCUUGGAGAAUGCUAAGGCGGGAAGCGAGGUGAAGAAACCUGUUAAAGUUGAGGACGAAGUAAAGCCACCGGAAGUGAAACUAGUAGACGUAAACCUCACAGCUCCUAAGCCCAAGGAGAACCCACCGCCCAUUGCUGCCGCUCCGACAGAGACUCCUAAAAUGGGAACAGCAAGCAAUACAAUUGACGGAGCGGCUAUCAAGAAAGAGGAGGAAGUGGCCGCCGAGGAGCAAAAGGAGAGCAAAGCCAAUGCAGAUGAGCUUCUGAAAACGCAAAAGGAGUUGAAGGAGACAAAGAAACUGCUGGCCAAGACCGUGGGAGAGCUGAACGAAGAACUAGCCAAAAACAGCCCACUCAACCAGCCAGCUGUGCCGGCUAAGGAGGAACUGAAAAAAGAGGCCGAGGCUGAGGAGUCAAAGGAGCCCAAAAAACAGCCGACACCCGUUGCCGAGGCAAAGGCAGAGCUCAGGCCCAAGGCUUCCCUGAUGGAUAUCCUCACCGAAAAUGCUCAUUUGCGCGAAGAAAAGGAAGCCCAUGCCGGCGUUUUCGAGCCGCUGUCAUAUAAAACCGGUGAGCUCCUGAAAAACACAAGUGUGGACACAUCGUCCCUCAUCAAACGAUUGCCCAUACCACUGGCCCUCAUGGUGAAUGCAACGCUGGGGGCCAAGGAGGCAGUCAAUGGCACAGUCCCCGAGGCUAAAAAGCCAAAUAUCGAGGAUAACGUGGAGGCCAUUCGGAGAGAGCUGCUUAACCUGAGGACUGAGCAGCCGCUGACGAGGAUCAAGCGGGAGGCUGGCGAGAACUGCCUUCGCGAACCGAAGUUAGAUGAAGUCAAUAAUAACCAUUUGGCGGCAGCAGCUGGCUUGAGCUUAAACCUGGAGAGUAUUGGACGCGAUCUCAAGUCUAUCAAGGAUGAAGAUGUUGAGAUAACCACUGAAAACGAAGUCUACCAACCGAGUCCCAACGGAACCCAACCUCCGCAUCUUACGUAAGCUUUAUGUACAUAAACUAUACACGUAUUUAUUUAGUGUGUAAGAGCGACGCAGCAGGCUAGGCGAGAGCAUAUAGAAAUAUAUAUAUUUAUAUUGAUAUUUGAA